GGAGGGUGGGAGUGGGGGGGUUAAGGGGGGGGGCACACGAGGUGGGAAUGAUGGGAAAUGAGCGGCAGACGGGUCAGCUCAGAGGAAGGCUCACAAGAAGAAAGACGGCGACACAAAAAGUAGAAUUGGAACUUUUUUUUUUUCCGUCCCUGGAAUGGCGAAGGCCGAGAGAGAAAGUGGGGGGCAAAAGGGGGGGAGAACGAGGGAUGUUGAUGGUGGCAAACAAAGAGAACGUGAAGAGAAUGAGUGGGGGGGUGGGGUGAGGUGAGGCGGAGGGGGAGACUUCAAAGGGAUUUUUCAGGCCUGGUUACCGGGACAACAGACAUUUGCAUGCCAUUAGCUUUUUACAUCAUAUUAGCAACACGCAAGGGUGGGGGAGGGCCCGGAUACACAACACUAUACAUCACGCGUGCACGCACACACACACACACAUGGACACACACAAAUGACUCUCAGGCGGGCAGAUAAGCACUGGCACCUUUUGAUCGAAACUUUUGGACGCAAGCAAUCAAAUAUUACACAUCGCAAAUAGCGCAAACGCCGAUAAGAAUGACAAUAACGUGCUUGGAAAAGAUAACCGUGCGGACGGGGACAACUUGUGACCAUUCCAACAAGUUGCCCGGCCAAGUAACACGAUAAGAAGAAUAAAAUGCGAAUUGCAAGUCGUCACGGUCGGCCUAAGCAUCUUGCGCGCGUUGUGCUGCGUUGUUGUUUUUCCACCAUGUAAUCUUAUCGCUCGUCUUCCUCCAUCACGCUCACUCUCCCGCGUCUGUCCGUCCAUCCGUCCGUCCUCCAUCCUUUUCAUCCCCGCUCGCUUUUUUCUCGCUGUGAGUGCCGCUUCAGUGCCCUCACUAUUGUGGCAGCAUUGUGCCAGUAGGCGUCGCCGUGACAGCCGUUGUCACGGUAGCAUUGUUGGGGGUGGGGGGGGGGUUGAUGAUGGAGUGUGUGUACGUGUGCGCGCGAGCGCGUGUGUGGUUGGAGUGUAUUACAGUAUCAAUACACUGACACUGCGACAAAAAGGACAGCCGCCUUAGCAACAUAUCACUCCUCCUCCUCUUCCUCCUCACCCCUAAAUCAAUCUCUCUCCCCUUCUAUUGAUUUCACACACACACACACACACACACUCUUCAUCAGCCCACCUCCUCCCCAUUCAAACAUGUACUGCAACCUCACCCGUCUCCCCCAUCUUUCAUUUUAUCCCCCUCCCUCUUGUCUGCCAUCUCGCCUGCCCCUCUCUCUAUUUCUUUCUCUCUCUCUCUCUCUCCUCCAUCACCCACCCUCACCCCAUCUCUUUCCCUCAUGGCUGUUUUUCUUGUUUGUGUGUGUGUGUGUGUAUGUGUGUGUGUAUCUCACGUUCUCUCUGCAUAUUAAUUGCUGCAUUUCUGCUGCAGCGGAGCAAACAAUCAAAGCAUCACAGGCGGCGGCGGCUCAUGCCAUUAUUGUACACACACACACACACAGGCACACAAUGGCAAAUGUACACAUGUGUGCACUUGUAGACUGGCAUGGCUGCUGACACAAAUUCAGCACACAAUGGCUCAUCCAGCAGAUAUGUCGGGUGUCAGCACAGACAUUUGGAAUCUCAGCAAAUGCGCGGCGAGCAUCACAUCCCAACCCGAAGGCCUCAGCAGCUCGUCAACUCCAGGCAAGUACGGCGCACCUUCAUCGGUCCGUCGUUCCUUCCUCUUGUCUUCGUCACACCUUUUUGUGUGUGUGUGUGUGUGUGUGUGUGUGUGCAUGUAGGGGCAAGGAAGGAGUUCAGACCCACGCUCGGACCCUCGGAGAACAGCGCAGGAACGCGGCGUGUUUGGACUCUUUAGGCAUGCAGGUGUCCACUUUGAAGGGUGAGAAUUGAAGGAGGAGUUGCACCUUCACCAGCCGAGACCCUGGAGAAUGGUAUAACACCUCAUAUGCUCCGGACGAUGGAUUCCCCAUCAGAGUUUGUGUUGCCCUGUUCCCCUGAGCCACUGCCCCAUUCCAAAAGCCCGGAAGCAUUUCGAAACGGUCCGGACGCAGCGCCAUGCCCCACUUUCUCUAUGUUGCCCCCCGCUCAGGAAAACCUUCCCAACCACGAAGGCCAAGAAGAUGACCAACAGAACGGUGACGCGCUUCCUUCCCCCACCCCGGCUGUGGCUCUAUUCCCAGGAGGGGGAGGAGCCGAAGCAGGACGCAGUCCGAGUUUGGACUCUUCCCCGCCGGCCACGCCCUCUGCGCCCCACCUUGGCUUUGGAGCUCUGGAGUUUGCUCUAUCUUCAGGACCCACCGGAAGCUGCAAUGAUGAGCUGGACUUGCAGCUCUUUCAGAGGGACGCUUUCACCAGGGCGGCAACAGGACCGUCGCUGCGGUUCUCUUGUCACGUCUGUGGGAAGAGAUUCCGAUUCCAAAGCAUUUUGUCCCUUCACGCCAGAGCUCACAGUCUGGACCGUCACCGCCAAGCCUCAUCGCAUUAUCGUGGCGCUCUCCACUCGGCGCCUCUCAAACAGAACCUCAUAUUCCAACAGAACAAAAAAGAUGAGAAUCAGAAGCAACGAGGACACUCUGUGAGUGGGAAUCAUACACACACACUUCCGGAGGAGGACGAGGAAGAGGAGGAAGAGGAAGAAGAGGAUGAUCUCAAAGGUGGCAAACUGGUACAGACCCGUGCAACAUUGAGCCCCCCUCUAAAUGAAGACGUUGAUCCUUGGACGGUGUCCGCUCCAGCUCCACCAACGUUCCGUUGCCAUGCCUGCAAAGGAAAAUUCCGUACGGCUUCGGAAUUGGCGCGUCACAUCCGCAUUCUCCACAAUCCGUACAAAUGCACGCUUUGUCCUUUCUCCGCCAACCAGGAAAGCUCUCUGGCAUCCCAUCUGCAGGAGUGCCACCCCUCACCAGAGGUGCCCGCUUUGCCUUCCGCCUUUUCCAAUUCCAUCCCAGUCAACGCCCCCUCAGAUGCCCCCAAAACCUCAUCACCUGCCAAACUGUCAGGGUUGUCCUCAUUGCCGGCAUUCCGUUGCGAUACUUGCGGACAGAGGUUCACUCAGUCGUGGUUCCUGAAAGGGCACAUGCGAAAGCACAAGGACUCCUUGGACCACAAGUGCCAGGUGUGCGGGCGGGGCUUCAAAGAGCCGUGGUUCCUCAAAAACCACAUGAAGGUACACCUCAACAAGCUAGGCCUCAAAGCCAGCUUGGGAAGCACCGAUGCCGAUCCACAGGCCAAAGGCUCUGCAGGUCCCCUGUCCCUAAACGCCCUCUACUCCAGCCUUCUAUUGGCUCAUCAGGGGUCUGGCCGAGCAGUGCAAGGGAGACAAGAGAAAGACACUGCAAGCAGGAUGCGACCGGCUUCCGACAAGUCAGCUAUCCUGGGCUACUUGGGCCUUCCCAGUGACAGCGGCGGGGCCAGCUGCACGGAGAGACUCCAAGCCGUGGCUCAGGUGGCUGAGAGGGGAAGCAGCGGUGGCGGCGUGAGCUCGGAAGGAGGGGAGGCCGGAAGAGAGAGAGCGGAGCCCAGAUGCACCACCGAAGGAGUGGAGCAAACCCCCUGGUGGCAGCUGGUGGCUCGAAGCCUCGCUGUGGCUCAGCAGCAGAGAGAGAAAGACCGGGCUCACCAUACCCGUCUAACCAGGACACUGGGAGCAGAAACGGAUCCGCUCAGAGCCUAUCCUGACGCUAUGGAUCCUAGAGGAGCUUCUGGAGGAACCUCCGCGGCAGCCAAGGGUCCCUGGGAAUGCCCAGACUGCGGAAAGCUCUUCCACAGCUUCCAGCAGGUGCUCGCUCAUGCUCGUCUUCACACUUACAAGGCCCAGGAAGAAGGCUCCGCAGGUGAGAUGAACGGAUCUUGCGGCUCCAGCCGAGCCAGAGGAAGCCAAGAUGAACUGAGGCAAGAAUCCAAAGUGCAACAAGCAGUGGCAGCAAGCUUUCCUUCUGUCAUGCCAGGCUUCAAAGGAGAGAAUGGGACCAUGGCGGCGCUGUCUGCUGUGCCUUCGCUUACCAGCAGCAGGGAGCACGUCCGCGGUCGGGGGAUUAAGGAUUGUCCCUACUGCGGUAAAGCCUUCCGCUCAUCCCAUCACCUCAAAGUGCACCUGAGAGUCCACACAGGUGAGAGACCCUACAAGUGCCCCCACUGCGACUACGCUGGCACCCAGUCUGGCUCACUCAAAUACCACCUUCAGCGGCACCACAGGGAGCAACGCAACUCAUCAGGCUCCGCCACAUCCUCUGUGGGCAAACUUGCCGCCGCCAUCAACGGUCUGACCUCUGUUAAGCCGCGCCGGACACAAACUGAUCUCAAAGCUCGGUCCGACGGCCCCGCCCAGCAAUCUUGGCUCCUUGCUCUUCCGCAGCAGCAGGAGCAUCGAACCGGUCAAGGAGCCCUUGCGCCUCUAAGGGACCUUGACGCGGAGACCCAGUACCACUAUCUAUCGGGGGCAAUGGGGGCCUUCUACCCUGGUGGUAUGGAAGGAGCAUGGAUCAAGGAGUCUCCUCCUCCGAAAGUCCUCAAAGUUUCCCGCCGUAAGCCCCUUACUACCAACCGACUAGUGGUGGCCUCCGACAAACUAGCGUCGCCUGGUCUGAAUCAAUCAGGCGGCUUUGAACCUCUCGAUCUGUCCCGCCGUCCAACCCCAGGCCUCGAAGGGCUGGAAGAAGGAGGAGGCGAAGACACAAAACUAAAGCAGUGUUUGGACUGUCCUUUUCGGACAUCCUCAGCUGAGCUCAUGACCAUGCACCUCCAGGUCAACCAUACCAGUAAGUCCCGACGCAAAAUGAGCUCUUUGUCCGCUUUGGAUGACGAUGAUGAGGACGGGUCCACGAAGGGUAGCGGAUCCUGCCACCAGCCCACCUCCUUCAGGAUUUGGGGGCACGCCAACAAGUCUCAAGCAGGAGCCCUGCAAAGCUCCUCAAACCAGAUCUGGACUCCCAAUGGUCUGGCUCCGGACCAUCAUGGUGAAAAAAUAGACCCCAAUUGGGCUUUGAAUGAUGGCCUGGCUCUCCAUAGCGAGUCGGGGGGUGAAGAUGGUGAAGAGCAGGAGGACGAAGCGGAAUGCAGCAGCUGCCCGGAGGACCAACCCGAAGGGAAUGUCCUCGCUGAUUAAAACAACUGUGGAUGUCCAAACAGCUGCACAUUUUUCUUUUUACUAGUUUUUUCCCCCCAAACACAUUUGUGAGUUCAAAAAGCAUUCCAGCAAAAGUGGUCCACGUCCAGACUUGGAGGUGGGAUACUCUGUGUGGUCAACAUUGUAUUUUUUGUCUCUUUCCAAACUGGAGUUGAGUAAAUCGGGUGGACUAAGCUUGUUUUUUUUUGUUUGUUUUUUAUUUUGUAAAUUGAGGAAAGCUGAUGUCUCCAUGAAAAUAGGAAUGUGCAAAGGUACCAGCCACGAGGAAAAGACGAACAAAAGCAAAGAUGUCCCAGUAGAAAGUGUAGCUUUUACCACAAUAGAAAAAGAAAGAAAAAAAAGCUUUUUAAUAGUGUUUGUUUGAUUGGAAAAUGACCUUGAUGUUUGUGAGCUGAAUGUCCUUAUGCAGCACUGUGCAACUUGUCUUUCUUUUAGUGGAUCAAAAGUUGUUUUUCUUAUUCGUGACGGAUCAGCUCCCGGUCCGGGCGCGUGGUGUUAAUGAGCGUCGAUGUGUUUCCGCGGGAAUGUACGGCCACAGACGCCGAUCUUCGAUCUCCGACUGGACGCUCCUAACGAGCGGCAAUUCUACCGUGCCUUCUGUUUCAAGCACUUCCUGCUCUGUUUUGUACAACCGGCUUCUUUUUGUCUGUCCUUUGCGCCAAAGCAGAACCCCCUGAAAUGGAGACGAGACUCAGUGUGACUUGGACCACAGUUGACUGGCGCCACUGUUUUCGUGACUUGUAACUUGAAUCGACCUAACCUAAAAGACUUGCGGCUGGAUUAUGACUGACUUGGGAGUUAACAACUGGAGACGUGACGAGUUUAUCUAAAUGUAUUAAUUUUAACCCUUUCAUGCUCCCUCUAACCUGAUAACAUGAUAAAAAAAACUCUCCCCUAGACUAACCGCUGUCCCUGAAAGGGUUCAUUGGUCACUAAUGUCGUGAACUGACUGUAUUUCUCUUUUCUCUUUAUGAAGACCAGAUACUGCAGGCGAGACUGCGAUAAGGAAGCUAACUUGACUUGCUCAAGCCACAAUGACUUGAGACUCGUGUGUGUGUGUGUGUGUGUGUGUGUGUGUGUGAGAGAGACUUGAUCCCAUCUCUGGCAGAUGCCCUCAGCCCAGACCCUAAACCAAGGACAUUGUGUUAAAGCCCACGAGCUAGAUUAAAUCUAGCCCAAAUCUGUCCAACGAGACACUAAAGAUAGACGGAGACCAAUCAUCUUCUCCCCGUCGCUCUUCCUGCCCGUCCGUCCUUUUGUGGUCCUGAGACUUUUCUUGGACUUCCAUGUGUGUUUGACAUGUUUUAAACAUGCUCUUGUGCUUGAAAAGAAAAGUCGUGUUGAAUGUUGUACAGCUAGCUAGCUUAGAGGUGUCGCUGGUACUGUAUAUUGUUUUGUUUUGUUUUGUUUUGAAAAGAGUGAGAGCACAAACCCAAACAACCGCUCCCCCCGACUCAAACAGGCCCACCAAUCCGAUCAUCAGCUUGGUGUAGAGAGGGGCUCGUUUUGAAUGUACGGCAAUGCGCCCGGCCCUAAAUUGGCAAAGAAAGGAAAUAGCCUCCCACAAUCCAAACUGUAAUUGGCCACUUGAACUAUUUGCACCUUAUGCCCCGCCUGUCAAUCAACGGGUGUUCCAAGGCAGCGCAGGGGUUUGCGCUCUCGUGUAGUUGACUGCCAUUGCAGUGAGGACCGAGUCAUCUAACAUACUCUAGUCGUGACUAAUAUGAUCAACAUCAACAAAAAAAAAGUAAAUAAACCAAUAGAUGAC